CUCCAGCUCUAAACAAGAAUGACAUCAUGUUGUCAUUAUGGCAAGUAAUGUAAAUACAAAUAGGUUGUCGAAUUACUGCUUCAAACUAAUUUUAUUAGGGGAUUACAAUGUGGGGAAAACUUCCAUGUUUUGCCGUUUUAAGAAUGCUGAGUUUAAAGAAGAUACGAAGCUGACAGUUGGAGCAGAUAAUCAUACGAAAGUAAUCGAAGUUGAUCAACAAAAUGUUACCCUUGUACUUUGGGAUACAGUUGGGACUGAACGAUUUCGAACUCUUACAAGAAACUAUUUCCGGAAUGCUGAUGCUUGUCUUCUUGUAUUCAGUGGUAAUGAGCCAGAUACUCUCACGAGCUUGACACAGUGGGUGACAGAUGCCGAUAACUUUGCUGAAAAUGCACUUAAAGUAUUAGUAGCAAACAAAAGUGAUUUGACUUGUCGUACUUCUCAAGAGAAAGUUAAAGCUUUUGCCCAGCAUCAUGACUGUGAUAUAGUUUUUAAUGUGUCAGCCAAGACAGGUGAAGGACUAGAUGAUAUGUUCAAAACUGUGGCACAAAAGUUGAUCUCGCGAAAUAGUCGAGUACGGAACAAUCAAUCUUUGUUUGAACAAGAUGUUCAUCUUUUAGAAUCUCAGGAAACCAAACUCAGUUGCUGCUGAUGGUAAUAAUUAUAGUAAGUCCUGUAGUUAAAAAAUGGAUAUAUUCUUCACAAAAAUUUAGAUGUUUCAUUGAUUUUUGAGUAAAAUUUUCCUCAAGUAUGUUUAGCUCAAUUUUCAGAAAUUGUAUUUUAAAAGACAGCUAAUGUUGGAAACAAAUUUAUAAUUGCAUUAUGUAAAGUGCACACUAUUAUUUGACUUCAGUAAAUAAAUUUUUCUUUUCUUCGUAACUAGAAAAUGCAGUACUUUUCUUCCAUAUAUAUAUAAAUAUGUGUGAAAUCCUUUACUUUAUAAAUUGGUACAUAAUUUUCAAAUUUUCUUAAAUUAAUAAUUAUAUAUAAUCUUUUAAAAUUUGUUUUGUAAACCUCUAUCUCAUUCUGAUUUUAAAUGAUGCUUAGUGGACAUUUUUAUUGUUACAAGUGAAAUAAUAUGAAAACAUACUACAAGCAAUAGUAAUGUUUUCUUCCAUAAAAGAGAACUUGAAAAAUGUUUAAAAUAAAAUACAGAUAUAACUUAUGUGCUUAGAACGUAAGAAAUGAUUACUACCACAAAAUAUUCAUUAAAAUAAAAACAAAAAGAAGCAGAAACUUGUGCAAAUAUAAAGAAUUCUGUUUAUGCGUAUUAAUUAUUUUAAUUAAUUAAAAAUUAAAAAUCUGCAGGUCAAUGAAUUUUUUUAUAUUAUUAUUAUUAUUAUAAAGCAAUAAACUUCAAUGAAAAGCUUCAGUAUUGGCAUGAAGUCAACUUGUAAUAUUAUUUGAAUUAAUGAAAAAUCUUUAUAGUUUUAUGAAUUUUUUUAUACAAUUAUUAUCAUUAUUAUAAAGCAAUAGAGUUCCAUAAGAACAUUAAUAAUUUAUUCUUAGACUUCAAAAACUUAUAAGUAGUGUCAAAAUUCUUUCAGCAUUCCAAAUGUAACAAAAUUAUAAAUUACAAAUUAAUGUCAUUGGGGGAAAAUCAAUCUCAAAUUAACCUGAUUUAUUUAUUAAUUGGCCCCUCAAUGAAAAUUAAGUGGUGUCAGUAAUCACAAAAUAUUUUAGUAAAUUUUUGUUGUGGAGUCAGACUUUUUAUUUUAAUUUUUAUAACCUUUUCUUAAGUAUAAAUACUGAGGAAAUGUACAAAAUGUCAGGUUUUGCAUUUUGUGUUAAAAAAAAAAAAAAAAAUCUUUGUGUCAUUUAAAAUAUUUCUGUAAUUGGAAGUAUAUAUCUAUGACCAAUGGUUGCAAAAACAAAGGCUGGGUUUUUGCAGACAUGCAUAUAUGCAUAAAAGUGCAUUAAAUUAAACCUAGACGUUCCAGCAAAUAAGAAUGGUUAUUAAAAGCGUUAUUCUAAUUUUUUAAUUAAAGUGAAUGAUGAAAGAAGAGAACAUGUGAUUAAAUAUGCUUUUGCGAAAAUUCAAGCAACGUUUGUGCUUUUUCUGAUAAGCUUCUCUUCAUAACUUUUAAUGAAUGUUGUCAGUAGGUAUAACUUUUGUAUUUCCUAUCCUCACAUGUCACUAACUAUUAAGAAAAAUCAUUAUUUGUGGUUAAUGAUUUAAGGUUCAUGAUGCAAUAUCAAUAAUAUAAUUUCAAAAUAGUCUAACAUUUAUAUGUUUGAAUGUAAACCAAACAUACGGUCUAUAUUUUAAACUAUAUGUAUAAAAAAUUGUUUCUAUAGCUUUAUUUAAUUUGUAUAAAAGUGUUCAUGUUAUGCUAUUGUUUCUGUCAAAUGUAAAUAUGAAUGUUUGUAACUUUACAUUGUGUAAUAUACUUUCUGUUGUAUGAGAAUUGCUACAGUGUUAACUUUUAUGUGCCUGUAUUACAUUUAUAUUGUAUUUAUCUUCCUUUAUUAAUAUUUCUAUUGAGCUUUUCAUAUGAAGCACACAUAUAUGUAUAUAGUUUCAUUGUUAUCAUUACAUUGUAAACAUUAUGUGAUCUAAAUGGCAAAUAUUUUUAUGAAAUAAAUAUUUCAAUUACUCACCAUA